AUGACAGAUGAUGAUUUUGAAACCGAGUAAAACUUACUAGGAACGAUAUUGUCAAUAACUGAUGAAGUUGAGCAUUAGGAUCAGAAGAAGUAGAAUGCAAGUGUUGAUUACAAUUCGACAUAGACUUAAGCAAAAUUCUAAUUCUAAUAUUAGUUUUAAACAGCAGAUACGUUCAGCAAAUCCUUUGAACAAAUAAGUUUAGGUUCAGAUCAAUUAUGCAGCCCUAUUUCUCCUGAUGGGAAAUUGUAAUAGAAAACUCAAGGGGUUUGCACUUCAUUCAGUUCAGAUAAUCAAACUAGCUUAGAAAAUUCAAUGACUUUUGGAAAUGCUCGUAGCUUUGAUUAAUUCUAAAAAUAACCUGAAUAAUUUUCACCCAUAUUUUACAGCUAAACCAAUCCAAUUUGGCCCUCAUAUCAAAAACCAAGUCAAAAUUUAGAGAUAUAAUUAGAUAUUGAUAUUGAGAAUAUGUGUGGUAAUCAAGUGCUCUCUAGAAAGGUGCAGAAGAUAUUUGAGACAGGAUCUGCCAAUUAAAAGCAAUAAAUAUUCUGGAAGGUGCAGGCGAAUUGUUAAGAAUUCUCAAAAGAUGUCUUUGGAAAUUAUUUAAUUUAGAAGAUUCUUGAAAAAGGAUCUUUAGCAUAAUAAAUUUUGAUCUUUAAAUAACUAUUGCCUUAUGUAUUAGAAUUAUCGAAAAAUAAUUUUGGUUGUAGAGUGAUAUAGAAACUUAUAGAAAUCAUCUCCAACAAUGAUCAACUCAUAAAUCCAUUCAUUGAAGAAAUAAAAAAAAAUGUUUAAUCACUUUUAAUUGAUUAAAACGGCAAAUAUGUAAUUUUAAAAUGCCUGGAAAACCUUUAAAUAGAUGCAGUUAGAUUUAUACUAAAACCAACAGAGGAAUAAUGUAAUCAUAUGUGUGAUUCUUAAUAUGGAUGUAAAAUAAUCUAAAAACUAAUUGAAAACUAUCCAUCUUAAGUGGAUGAUUUGAUAUAAAUUUGUAUAUCUACUUAAGACCUCCUCUAUAAAUCUUAAUCUGGGAAUUACAUCAUUUAAUAUGCCAUUAAAUAGCCGAAAAAUCUAGAAGUUAUAGCAAAUUACAUCAUAAAUCACUUAGAAUAUUUAUGUUUUAAUAAAUAUGCAAGUAAUACAGUCGAAGCUAUCCUUGAAUAUUUAACCCCAAAACUUAAGAAUGAUUUAAUUUAAAUUUUGAUCAAGCUUUCAGAUUAAAAUAAAAUGUUCAUUUUUAUAAAUAUAGCAACAAAUCCUUUUGGAAAUUAUGUUAUAAAGAGGUUAUUAUAUACGUUUGAACUAGAACACACGCAAUAACUGUUAAAUGUAAUAAAAUAGAAUUUAAAUUUGCUACAAUACAUCAAGCAAUCAGAUUAUGGAUAAAGAAUCUAUACAAUAUUGACAACAUAGUUAAAUGAUUAAAAUUGA